GGCGUAGCAAAUAUAAAAAAGCUUCACGGAACACGGAUUUAUGGAACACGCGAAGGGCGGUUAUAUAUUUUUGUAUGUAUAUUUAUUCACCUGUGGCGUGGUAAAUUAAUUUAAAAGAAAAUUCAACAUAUGUACAGUCACGGAUGUACUUUUGCGCAUACAGCAUAAGGAACACUCUGAAGAAAAUUUGCAAACAUAUCGUAGUUAAUUUUUUACUUUAGCUGCUCGCGCAAACUUAUAACUGUAACAUCGCUUGUACAACUUUUUCCAUCGAGCGUGUUUCAACUUUGCAACUUUCCAAACAUCGCAACUUCUUAACUUACCAACUUCCCACUUCAAACCUUACGAAGCAACUGGAGAAAAUAAAAUGGCGGUAGGAAAAAACAAAAGAACAUCAAAGGGAAAAAAAGGAGGAAAGAAAAAGGUCACAGAUGUUUUUACCAAGAAGGAGUGGUAUGACCUCAAGGCCCCCAAAAUGUUUUUGGUCAGAAAUUUCGGAAAAACCUUAGUCACGAAAACCAUUGGAAAAAAGUUGGCCACGGAUGGCUUGAAGGGACGAAUUUACGAAGUGAACCUGGCCGAUCUGAACAACGAUGAAGACCAAGCUCACAAGAAGAUAAAGCUGUGCUGUGACCACAUUAUCAACAAAGAUUGCUACACAGAUUUCUGCGGUCUCAGCAUAACCAGGGACAAGUUAUGCUCACUGAUAAGAAAGGGAUACACCUUAAUUGAAGGAUACACUGACGUAAAGACGAUUGACAACUACCAGCUGAGAAUGUUUUGCAUUGCUUUCACGAAGAAGAGACCAAACCAGACAAAAACCACCUGCUACGCACAGACAAGUCAAAUUAAAAAAAUAAGAAAAAAAAUGGUGGACAUCAUGAAUGCUGAAGCGAGCAAAGUUUUACUAAAAGAUCUUGUGAAAAAGUUCAUUCCCGAAUCGAUUGGAAAGGAAGUGGAAAAACAAUGCAAGAAAAUAUACCCACUACAGAACGUUUUAAUAAGAAAAGUAAAAAUUUUAAAGAGACCCAAAUUGGACAUUUCCAAAUUAAUGGAAUUGCACACAGACUCUAAGGAAGACGCUGGAAAGAAUGUCAAGUCUUUACCUGAGUCCAAGGAGGCCACGAACAUCUUAAGUGCCGAGUUGAAACAUUAGAGGGUUGUGCCUCCGCCAGCUGUAGUUUGUGGGGGAGAUGUAUAUGUGCUAAUCCGUUUGGUUGUUUUAUCCCCACGCGACUUUUUUCCUCCAUCUCAAAGCACACACAAAUUUUUGCAUGCAUAUGCACUCCCAUUCGGAUGCUCACCCCGUUUUAACGGUAGUCCC